UGUUCAGUCCAUUACCUGAUUUAUACAACAUAAAACUUAAUUUUUUCAAGUAAUAAGAGUGGUUUUAUUUUAAGCAACAGAGAAUUGAAAAAGUACUUAAAACUGUAUUGCUUUUUAAAACAGAGUUUGGGCUGGAGAGGUGACUUAGUGCUUAAAGUGCUUGCUGUCUAGCCUGAAGAUUCUGACCUCCUCAUUAAAGCUGCCUCAGUUAUAAUCCUCCUUUGUAGGAGCACAGACAGGGAGUUCCCAAAGCAAAAGCUACUGACUGACUGCCUCAGUGUGUAAGGUAAAGAGUGAUUGGGGAAGACACAGGAUGCCAGUUUUGGUCGUCCACAUGAAUGCGCACAUGUACAUGGGUAACAAACACAUAGCAGCACACACAUGCAAUAACAUACACAUGUAAAACACCCUGAGUGUGUUGAUUUGCAUCAAUAUCUGAGUAUCUAUUUAGAUACUCCGUAAAACAAUAAGUUUCUCCACCAUUGGGAAGUUAAUAUUGAAAUGAAAGAAACCAUAUGUAACCAGCACAAUUAACUUAUGCAGUGUAUUAAACACAGGUGCUGAGGAGGAAGAAAAGUGAAGUAUGGUAUGUUGGGGUGGGAAGUUACGAGGUGGCUGUGGAAGGCCUCACUGAAGAAUAGCAUUUGAGGAAAAACUUGAAGCAUGGAUGAAAACCAGGCAGAUACCCAAGGGAAGGUCUUACACAAGUAGGAGCCUACAGAGAGCCUGAGGCCAUUGAAACUGUCAUAGGGUAGAGCCUUUGAGAAGGCAGUGGGAAGGAAGGGGUGCUGAGCCAGGAAGGACCUCGUGCACCAGCGGAAGGGUUUGACAUUUCUUCUGACACAAAGUUGUGUUAUGUAUAAAGGAGUAUCGUGGUCUGAAUUACAUUUACUAGAGUCAUUGUUGUUUUGAGAACUCUGCGUGGAGAAGGGAGUGGGGGUAAAAUUUUGCAUGCGCAGCCAUAUGAAAGAGGAUUGCUGGUGAGGGAGCCAGGGCAGGGCUGUCACCCUUAAGGUGCUUUGAGAAAUGACUGGACUUUCGAUAUGUUUUAGCUAGGAAGGCAGAGACUGCAGAAAGAUGCAGACCCCAGGCCGCUUGGUCUGAACAUCUUGAAUGAAGUUAUGAAUGGCCUGUUGCAAAGUGCUCAGAGGGCCUGGCUGAUGGGAAGGUGGUUAAUACCCAAGAGGUAGACAUCAGUACUCCCACUUUGCAGAUGAACGAACGUAAGGUUGCUGCUUCAGGACGGCCACAAUGUGGAGGCGCUGAGAAUGCUGGCUUUAUAUUAUCUGUGUAGGGAAGGGGACAUAGAGAAGGCUGCUGCCAAGCUGGAAAAUUUAGGAAAUGCAUUGGAUGUCAUGGAACCACAGAAUGCUCAACUUUUUUAUAAGAUUACAAUAGCCUUCAGCAGAACUUGUGGACGUAAUCAACUCAUUCUUCAAAAAGUUCAAAGUUUCCUAGAAAAAGCAUUUAGUUUAACCCCCCAGCAAGCAGAAAUUGCUACAGAGCUUGGCUACCAAAUGAUUCUCCAAGGCAAAGUCAAGGAGGCCUGGAAGUGGUACAGGACCGCCAUGACACUGAACGAAAGCAACAUCUCUGCCGUCACCGGACUUAUCCGAUGUCAGUUAAUAGAAGGACAAUUGCAAGAUGCAGACCAGCAGUUGGAGUUCUUCAGUGAAUUCCAGCAGUCAAUGGGAAGAUCUGCGGAAUUAAUGUAUUUGCAUGCGGUUCUUGCUACCAAAAAAAAUAAUCGUCAGGAGGAAGUUAUAAAUUUGUUGAAUGAUGUUGUGAACACUCACUUUUCACACUUGGAAGACCUCCCUCUCGGCAUACAGUAUUUUGAGAAGCUCAACCCUGACUUCUUACUAGAAGUUGUUAACGAGUAUCUGAAUCUCUGUCCAAUUCAGCCUGCAGGUCCUGGGCAGCCUCUCUCCCCAGUCCUCAGACGUUGUUCUUCAGUUCUGGAGACGAUUAUAAGAAGUGUACCAGGUCUUCCGCAAGCUGUCUUCCUAAUGGCCAAAGUGAAGUAUCUGUCAGGUGACACCGAGGCAGCCUACAACAACCUGCAGCACUGCCUGGAGCACAGCCCCUCUUACGCAGAGGCUCACCUCCUGAUGGCGCAGGUGUACCUAUCCCAAGACAAAGUCCAGCUGUGUUCUCAGUCGCUUGAACUUUGUCUGAGCUACAAUUUCAAUGUGAGAGACUACCCACUGUACCACCUAAUCAAAGCACAGUCACAGAAGAAAAUGGGCGAGGUAGCAGAAGCAAUUAAAACUCUGCACAUGGCAAUGAAUCUACCAGGAAUGAGGAGAAGUAGAGCUUCCUCGAAAUCCAAGCACAGAAGUGAAGUGGAUGGGAGCCAUCGCUUAUCCAUCUUUCUUGAGUUGGUGGAGGUUCACCGCUUAAAUGGAGAACAGCACGAGGCAGCAAAGGUUUUACAAGAUGCCAUCCAUGAGUUUUCUGGAACUUGCGAAGAAUUACGUGUCACUAUUGCUAAUGCAGACCUGGCUCUGGCCCAAGGAGAUACAGAACGUGCAUUAAGCAUGCUCCGAAAUGUCACGACCGAACAGCCUUAUUUCAUAGAAGCCAAGGAAAAAAUGGCAGACAUUUACCUGAAGCAUAGGAAAGAGAAAAUGUUGUACAUCACUUGUUACAGAGAAAUUGCUGAAAGGAUGCCCAGCCCCCGGUCUUUCCUGCUCCUUGGUGAUGCAUACAUGAACAUUCAAGAGCCCGAGGAAGCCAUAGUGGCCUAUGAGCAAGCAUUAAAUCAGAACCCAAAAGAUGGAACACUGGCGAGAAAAAUUGGGAAAGCACUUGUCAAAACUCACAACUACUCAAAGGCAAUCACCUAUUAUGAGGCUGCGCUGAAAAGUGGACAGCAGAAUUGCCUGUGCUAUGACCUGGCUGAGCUCCUCCUGAGACUAAAGUUGUAUGAGAAAGCAGAGAAAGUUCUUCAGCAUUCUCUAGCUCAUGAUCCUGUAAAUGAAUUGUCGGCUCUCAUGGUGGAUGGGCGUUCCCAAGUCCUUCUAGCAAAAGUUUACUCUAAAAUGGAGAGACCUGGCGACGCGAUUGCAGCAUUGCAGCAGGCUCGAGAGCUGCAGGCUCGGAUACUGAAGCGAGUUCAGAUGGAGCAGCCAGAUGCGGUUCCCUCACAGAGACACUUCGCAGCUGAAAUUUGUGCAGAGAUCGCAAAACACUCCGCUGCUCAGCGAGACUACGAAAAGGCAAUUACAUUUUAUAGAGAGGCCCUGGUUCAUUGUGAAACGGAUAGUAAGAUAAUGUUGGAACUGGCCCAGUUAUACCUGGCCCAAGAAGACCUUGAUGCCUCCCUCCGGCACUGUGCACUGCUUCUCCAGAGGGACCAGGACAACGAACCGGCCACCAUGCUGAUGGCCGACCUCAUGUUCAGAAAACAGGACUAUGAGCAAGCAGUGUUCCACUUGCAGCAGCUUUUAGAACGAAAACCAGAUAAUUUUAUGACUUUGUCCCGUUUGAUUGAUCUCCUGAGAAGAUGUGGGAAACUUGAGGAGGUUCCGAGAUUUUUCUUGAUGGCUGAGAAACACAACUCCAGAACAAAAUUGGAGCCAGGAUUUCAGUACUGUAAAGGAUUACAUUUUUGGUAUACUGGAGAACCAAAUGAUGCCCUUCGACAUUUUAAUAAAGCUCGGAAAGAUAGUGACUGGGGUCAAAAUGCACUUUAUAAUAUGAUAGAAAUCUGCUUGAAUCCAGACAAUGAAACUAUUGGAGGUGAAGUGUUUGAAAACCUGAAUGGAGACCUGGGCACUUCCCCAGAGAAGCAGGAAUCUGUGCAGUUAGCAGUGAGGACGGCAGAAAAGCUCCUUAAAGAACUAAAACCUCAGACUGUCCAGGGCCGCCUGCAACUCCGCAUCAUGGAAAACUGCUGCUUAAUGGCCACCAAGCAGAAGUCCAGUGUGGAGCAGGCGCUGAACACCUUCACCGAAAUAGCAGCCUCUGAGAAGGAUCAUAUCCCUGCUCUCCUGGGAAUGGCCACCGCUUAUAUGAUCUUGAAACAGACCCCGAAAGCCAGAAACCAGCUGAAGCGGAUUGCAAAAAUGACCUGGAAUCCUAUUGAAGCCGAGGAGCUGGAGAAGAGCUGGCUGCUGCUUGCGGAUAUUUAUAUCCAGUCAGCAAAAUAUGACAUGGCGGAAGAGCUGCUGAAACGGUGUCUGUGCCAUAACCGGUCCUGCUGCAAAGCUUAUGAAUAUAUGGGGUACAUUAUGGAGAAGGAGCAAGCAUACACAGAUGCAGCCUUCAACUAUGAGAUGGCCUGGAAACAUAGCAACCAGACAAAUCCUGCUGUGGGAUAUAAAUUGGCAUUUAAUUACUUAAAAGCAAAACGAUAUGUGGAUGCAAUUGACGUAUGUCACCAGGUUCUUGAAGCACAUCCAACUUACCCCAAAAUCCGAAAGGAUAUACUGGAUAAGGCCCGUGCAUCGUUAAGACCUUGAAAGCGAUUGUUGUUAUGGAAGCGUUGGGCAACAGACGGCAGGGAUCCCUCAGCUUUUGCAGCCUUUGCAGUUCACACAGGCUCCAGCUGACAGUGUCGCCGAAGUGUGUCCUGCCUUCUCCAGCAGAGGCUGCUGCUGUCCGUGGACAGAGCUGAUCUGUGGUAUCAUUGGUGGAGUGGCCGGAUGAAAGCUCAUCUUUCUCCCUGCCAUUAGGCACAAACGGUAGUUCUCUGAUAAAGCCUAGCUCAUUUCUACAGAGGAUAUUUUUGUUAAAGUCUAGGUGAUAUACCUUUUCUGAAGAGUAUUAGAUUUUCCAACAAUCUUAAAGUCUACUGUUACCUGUUAAUUUUCUAUUAUAGUUUGUGAUAUGAUCUCAUGUAAUUUAUGAAAAAGAGUAAGUAUUUUAAAUGUAUAUUUUAAUAAAGAUUUUUGUGAA